AUGGAUACAAAAUACCCCAUCCAAACGCAUGACUGUCGGUGUGGCCACAAACUGAUCUAUAUAUCCAGCUGGGUAUGGUGGCUGCUGGCGUUUGCUGGCGUUUUUGCUGCUCUGAAUCGUUUGAUUCCGCAGCUCCCCCGUGUCAACGCGCUGACGAAAGCCACUGCUACCAAAUUAGAGAUUGUAGGGUAUGAGUUUUCUCUUCCAGUACAAACAAAUAUGAUUGUACUAGAUUUGAAGGCUGCUGGUAUACCAAAUGCUGCUAAAGUUAACUACUGCAAAGAGGUUGGCAUCACUGUUUUCCCGGAGGGAAGACUGGUGUUUCAUUAUCAGACGUCGACGGAUGCGGCAGAGAGGUUGGUAAAAGCCCUAUCUCUAUUAAUUCAAGAUGCAAAAGCCGGAGCUUUAUAA